UAGAGCUUGCUUUCCGUGGCAUCAGAGUCGAGGCCAAGCUUUCUUUUUAUUCCCCAUCUCCUCAAACCCUCUCCCCAAGUCUAGAUCGCUUCCUUCACAUACCCGCAAUCUCCCCUUGAACCACUUCUCCAAAACCCUAAAGCUAUCCACUCUCACACCUGUUCCAGGAAUGCAGGCUUUCUCCCCCCAGUCUCACUCUGGCUUGUAUUAUCCCACUCGAGACUUUCUUGUAUUUUUUCCUCUCGGUCAUCUGGUUUACUUUUCUGAAGCAGAUAUACCUAAUUCAAAUACAGGAACAAAGGCCCAAGUCCUUUCUGUGCUUAUUUCUUGGGUGACUGAUCUUAGAUACUAUCAUUUAAUAGAUAAUGUUUCUCUAAAAAUGCUUAGCAUAGUACCUAUCGCAUAGGAAAAGAGUAAUGCUGUUUAGCCGCUGUUAAUCCUGAAACCUGUUUCCUGAUGACCAGUCUCUGCCUCUCCCUCUGCCCCCCCACUGCAGCCAUCCUCAUCUAGGUAAUCUCACCCCCCCGCAACGCUCCAAGUCCCUUCGGAUGUCUCUACCUACCUGUCAAGGUUGUAAUAACAAUUAAACAGCGCACCGCGUGUAAAGUACCUGGCCCAGUGCCUGACAUAGACACCAGCUGCAUUAGGGUCUCCACGUCUCACUUCAGAACCUCAGCACUCCCCUCUGCCCCUGUCCUCCAUCCACUUCAGUCUGCCAAUACUGACUUUUGUCUUUGAGUUCUGCCAAUACUUCUUUCCUCUGCUCUCUCACCUGUUUGAACUUUAUGUCUCGAUGUACCCUACCAAGUCUUUUCCCACCUAGAAUGUCCUCUAGACCCUCACUCACAGCUGAUGCCUUCUAGACUAUGCGAUACAACCUACAGACCCUCUCAUCUGUAGUAGCCACUGCAUGUCGUCUUUCAGAUGUGAGACUCUCAGCAGUUUCAGAGGGUACCCUCUCCAGUCUGAAGAGAUGUACCCUGUUGGGACCCCGGGCAGGAAGACCAUUAUUGCUCCUUGCUAGCUUCUCUUGCCUCGUAGAAUCCUCUUGCCAACAGCGGUCCUCUGCAUGGUUUAUGGGAUUCACUUUUUUAGUGGAGUUGAUUAUGUCUUCCCAGUUACUGAGCAGUCUUCAUUUAGCAUUCAGUCGUAGUACCUGGGAAUCUCGGAGGUGGGGAGUGAAUGAAUUGCCCUGUGGGAGGAAGAGAGAGUAAAUGGGAUGUGGCUUUUCCAGGGUGACAUCUGAUGCCAUUGGGAUCUCUGAUUUUUCCCCCUCCCCCUGAGGAAACAAUGCCCUUUUGAUAAUAAUUUGCUCUCUGCUUGCCUGACAAGUACUCAGCUGAGAUUUCUCAGCCAACAAGACAGUGCAGACAUUUGUGGUACCAAGCACCACUUUCUCAGACCCUGGCCUUAUUGAGGUGAUAACAACUGUCCUGCUCAAGGGAUUCCCCUUUUUUCUCCUCUCCCUCACUCCCUUCCCCACCUCCUCUUGGUGUUAUACAGGGAUAUCAUGUCCAUUUAUAAAGAGCCUCCUCCAGGAAUGUUCGUUGUACCUGAUACUGUUGACAUGACUAAGAUUCAUGCAUUGAUCACAGGCCCAUUUGACACUCCUUAUGAAGGGGGUUUCUUCCUGUUCGUGUUUCGGUGUCCGCCCGACUAUCCCAUCCACCCACCUCGGGUCAAACUGAUGACAACGGGCAAUAACACAGUGAGGUUUAACCCCAACUUCUACCGCAAUGGGAAAGUCUGCUUGAGUAUUCUAGGGACUUGGACUGGCCCCGCCUGGAGCCCAGCCCAGAGCAUCUCCUCUGUGCUCAUCUCCAUCCAGUCCCUCAUGACUGAGAACCCCUAUCACAAUGAGCCUGGCUUUGAGCAGGAGAGACAUCCAGGAGACAGCAAAAAUUACAAUGAAUGUAUCCGGCAUGAGACCAUCAGAGUGGCGGUCUGUGACAUGAUGGAAGGAAAGUGUCCCUGCCCUGAGCCCUUACGAGGGGUGAUGGAGAAGUCCUUCCUGGAGUAUUAUGACUUCUAUGAGGUGGCUUGCAAAGAUCGCCUACACCUUCAAGGCCAGACUAUGCAGGACCCUUUUGGAGAGAAGCGUGGCCACUUUGACUACCAGUCCCUCUUGAUGCGCCUGGGACUGAUUCGUCAGAAAGUGCUGGAGAGGCUCCAUAAUGAGAACGCCGAAAUGGACUCUGAUAGCAGUUCGUCUGGGACAGAGACAGACCUGCACGGGAGCCUGAGGGUUUAG